AUGACGAAAAUAACAGAUGCAGCAACGAGACAGGCAGUUCAAAGUGCCUAUGACGCCGUUAGAGCAACUGUUGUGAAAAGUCAAGAAAAAGAGUUACAACAGACCAAAACAGACUUAGUAAAUGCUUUCUUAAGAACGAAAAGUCAGGUAGGACAUUACGCUGCAGAUGGAACAUAUGUGCCAGCUGGUGGAACUUAUAUACCACCAAACCCUCCAAGAGAAGCACCUGCACCAGGACUACCUAGAACAUUUACAUCGUCACAUGGACACAGACACAGGCAUGCACCAAAACCAACACAACAACCAACAGUUCAAAACCCUGCACAACAACAACAACAACAACAACCAACACAACAACCAACAGUUCAAAAUCCAGCACAACAACCAGCACAACAACCAACAGUUCAAAAUCCUGCACAGCAACAACCACAAACAGAGCAAGGACAUAAAAGAAGUAGAGAACAAGGAAACCAAGAAUUCUUAAAAAUGCUUAAAGAAGAGUGUGGUUUCCCAGAUACUGUUGACUUUAGUGACAGAUAUAAAGAAGCUAUUGGAAAGUUCAAGGAUGGAAAUACUGACCCGAACCUAUUUAGCUUUAUGGCUCAGCACCAAAACGGAUAUAAUCUCAAACCUGGAAAAUACAAGCUCGCUAAGGGAUAUGAUUUAAUAGCAUAUCAUCCAAAUGACAUGGAUGAAUUUACUCCGAGAUAUUUGAUGUCAGAGCUAAAUGACAAUUCAACUUUCGUCAUGAAACGCGUAAAAAAUAGAGACGGAACGAAAGAACAAAAGCUUAUGAAUGCGGAUGACGUAGAUAGGGAAAUUGUUGAAAACGGUCUCGGAAUAUAUGAAAUGCCAGCAGAUGAGGUACAAGAAAC